AGUCUUUCCUUUUUAAAGCUCAACCCAAAGGCUGAUCUGAAGAAUGUCGGCGUAAUUGGUUGUGCUGUGGGUACUGGUUAUGGCAGUGCUGUGAACAUAGCCAGAGUACAUCCCGGCUCCAAAUGUGCCGUUUGGGGUAUGGGUGCCGUUGGGUUGUCCGCCAUAUUAGGCUGUAAACAGGCCGGCGCUGAGACCAUAAUAGGAGUCGAUAUAAACCCCGAUAAAGAGAGUAUUGCCAAACAGUUUGGUUGUACCCGGUUUAUUAAUCCUAAAAAUAUUGAUGAAUCACUCGAAACGCUAUUACAAAGUGAGGGCGGAAUUGAUUAUGCGUUUGACUGUAUCGGUAACCAACACGUACUCAACACUGCAUAUAAUUCAUUGAAACCCUGGGGAUCCCUAACUGUUAUCGGCUUGGGAUCAAAAGGUAGUAAAAUAGAUGUAAAAGUAGCGGAACUGGUGAAGGGUCGGUAUGUGUUGGGAGGCUUUUUCGGUAAUUAUAAGCCCAGAAAAGGUAAUCAAGAAUUGGUUGAGAAGUACUUAAACGGUUCGCUACCUAUCGAUGGCUUAAUCACACAUCGGAUCCUCAUUAUCUUUAAUAGUCUGAAAUCCAAAGUCAUCGAAGUUAUGAUAUUUCCAGCCAUAUAUCAGAUUGUCUUUAGCGUCGCACCAGUGCCUCAUCCGAAGGGCAGACACAUUAUCGGCCUUAUCGUCAAACCAAACCAAACCAACAGCCGG